ACUUUUACCCGGUCCAUUAUGACUCAUAUCCGGUCCAUUAUUGAUUUGUUGCCAGUCCUUUAUGAGCACGUGCAAUAAUGUUGAAAAACCAAAAAAAAAUGGCUGACAUCAGUGUCCGCUUCGAUUUCAAUUUUAUGUUUUGAAAAGAUCUGUGCAACUUUUCUGUGGAAUUACCUACAAGUCCAGGACUGCGUAACUUCUUUUAGCAACAUUUUGCGUGCUAUAUUUAGAACCGGAACUCUAUAGACGCAGACGACAGUACAGUAUGGCAGGCCUUGUUCCUGCAAAAAUAUCGGACAGAUACGCCAAGAAUGGCGAAGACAUGCUUGAUGUUUUGUCUCAUGACAUAAUGAGGUACGAAAUGCUUGCAGAGAAGGAGACGUUCGACGCUCUUACCUCCGUCCUGCAAGGGGAACAAUCCCAUGACAAUGUCGAGCUACAUGAAAUCGAAGUAAACCGCUUGAACAAUGACAACAACAACAAUGACGAAGGUGAUCCGACGGAAACACACGAGCAGCGUGACACAGGAAGCAGUAGAUUUAGAUCAGUUUCCAAUGAGGACACAGACGAAUUUCUCAGGAAAAAUGUAAAUAAAAACACGGACUACAAAACAAGAUCAGAUGUUAAAACUUUCUACACCUGGGCACAGCAAGUAGGAGAGUUUAGAGAGCUGCAGAUGAUUCCGUUUAAGGAACUAGAUGCUAUUUUAGCCCGGUUUUACUUAGGUGUAAGGAACAAAGAGGGACAGGAGUAUGAACCAGACACGCUUACAGGAUUCCAGAAUAGUAUUGAGAGACACCUGAAAAACAAUAAAGUUGUAGUGGAUUUGAAAAGAAAUGACGAUUUCAGCCAUUCAAGAAAGGUGCUCGAGGCCAAAAGAAAGCAAUUGAAACAAGAGGGAAAAGGGAAUAAAAGAAAUAGAGCUGAACCUAUAGACACACAGGAAAUCCAAAAUCUUUAUGACAAACAGCUGCUUGGUUCAGGUAUCAUUAAUUUAUUUUUACAAAUGUACAUUUUUGUACAUCACAAUAGAUACUGAAUAUUGGAUUUCAAUAUUUAAAAAAACAUGGUGCUAUA